GAUACGCUAGCUGAAAAAAACUACCGCAGCAGUUCUUUUUAUUUUUAUUUUUUCCUGGCACCAAAAAUUCUAUAUCAAAGCUUAAAAAUGUCUCAAAACUGGACUUUCAAUCAAAACGAGGUAAUAAAUAACCAUUAAUCAAUGUGCAAGCAGCCAAUCGAAUGCUGAAUCGAAGCUACUGUAUUGAAUUAAUUUAUUUGUAAAUAUGACUCUAAAAGAGUCAGUGCCUCACCAGCCACGAACCUCACUGUUUGCCACUGAAUGCUGGCAUAAAUAAUAUUAGAAUUAGAAGAAUGAAAUUUUGACAAAUCCUACGGAUAAGACGAGUACAUUGCCAUGAAAACAACAAAAGAAAGCAGCAUGGAUUCGUUGGUGCUUGAGAAUCGAUUCGCUCGUAUGACUCUCUUAAAAGGAGUCGUUCAAACCUAAACGAUUCGUUCUCGAAUCGCUUGAUAAAGCGCUUUGCGUUUAGAGCGCGCGCUACUGCGAAACGCACCUCCAGUCCAGGACACAUAGGAGAGAGGACUCACUACCUGUCCGAAUGGUGAAUGAUCGCACCAGUGUUCCAUCACGCACUUCAAAAUGAGACGUCUUGGGAACUGAAAUUAAAUUAGGCCCCAGAAAUAAGAAGUGCAUUAACAGCUCGGUAUUUGAUUUGGAUCAGCGCCUGUGGUGUGGAUGAGCAGCUGGUGAUGGAGGGAGACCGCCUUAACAACAGCACGCAGCCCAUGUUGGGGUGGGACGUAGAGACUUGCCCGCUCUCGCUGGGUGCAACCACCUUCCUGAUCAUGGCGUACAGCACCAUGCUGGCUGUGGGCCUGGUGGGAAACACCUGCCUCGUCCUGGUUAUCCUGCGCCAAAAGGAGAUGCACAACGUGACUAACAUCUUCAUCGCCAACCUUUCCUGCUCCGACAUCCUCAUGUGCGUCAUAUGCCUGCCCAGCACCAUCACCUACACGCUGAUGGACAGGUGGAUUCUAGGAUUGGCUCUUUGCAAACUGACUUCUUUCGUCCAGUGUCUGUCCAUCACGGUCUCCAUUUACACCUUGGUUCUGAUCACACUGGAAAGGCAUCAGCUCAUCAUCCACCCUACCGGUUGGAAGCCUGUGCUUGGACACUCCUACCUGGCUGUGGCUGUCACCUGGAUUAUGGGAUGCUUCGUCUCGCUGCCCUUCUUUUCUUUCACCUACUUGGAAGACUUGACCGUCCACAACCUCACCAUUCCCACUGAUCCUUCUGAAGAUCACCUGGUCUGCAUGGAAAAGUGGCCAUCAGAUGCUAACCGCUUGGCAUACACUACAUCCAUUCUGGUGUUUCAGUACUGCCUGCCUCUUACACUCAUCAGCGUCUGCUACUUGCGCAUUUUCCUGCGCCUCAGUCAGCGCAGAGACAUUAUCGAGAGGACGCGGGACGCGCGUCAACGGAACGCAAAACACUCCCGGCGCAUCAACGCCAUGCUCGCCUCCAUCGUGGCCCUGUUCGCCCUCUGCUGGCUGCCGCUGAACGUCUUCAACACCAUUUUCGACUGGAACCAUGAAGUGCUCACAUGGUGCCACAACGCCGUCUUCUCAGUGUGUCACCUCACAGCCAUGGCUUCCACAUGCGUCAACCCCAUCAUCUACGGCUUUCUCAACAACAACUUCCAGAAGGAGCUGAAGUCACUCCUCUACCAGUGCCGAUGCUCGGGGGUCCCGAGGAGCUACGAGAGCUUCCCGCUGUCUACCGUCAGCACUGAUGUGACGAAAGGCUCCGUUCUCAGCAACGGCUCUGACAGCAUCGCCGUCUCACCUCAACAGCAAGAGAAAGAGUGUUUGUAAAUGAUCACCUCGUGGAAAUUAGACUCACAUUGCUGGCAGAUAUCAUUUGAAAAACAAAAGUGGUUCAAUCUCACUAUGAAUUCCUCCUACAUCAUCAUCAGCCAACCGCUGGACCGGAAAAUGAUUGGUUGCACCAUUUCUUUUCAGAAAAUGUAUCCUUACGAUUUGAGGGCACUGUGUAAAUAUCGAAGAUUAUAUUUUCUUGGCUAGACGAAACUAAAAAACUCUCUUAAAAAGCAUAUAAAGGCCUUAAAAGGUAAGUUUCACCUGCUAGUCACCAGGUAGAGCAUUAUAUGCUAAAGUAGGUUGUGUAUUUGAGGUUGUAGUCCUCUGAAAUACACAGAACGUGUGUGAACUUGAGCACUUACUUUACAAAAUAAGGUAGGGGAGGGGCUCCUCGUCCGUCCAUGCGACUGCUGGUCAUCUGAAAGACAGCAACAUUUCACAAAAAAGCGUACAUCGGUGUACACCAAUGGACUUACGACGAGGACAUGGACGAUUGAUGGACAGUUGGCAGCACUUGACCAGCAUGUGACAGUGUUACGUUAGGAGGUGGGGCUACACAUCAAAAACAAAGUUCUCUGCAUCGGUCAAGAAAACAUAGCAGCUAUCUGAAAGAUUUCAGAGAGACCUUUACCUAAGGCCUUGAUGAAAACCACAGUGUUUCUAUGGUUCAAAAAUGUGAAUGUAAAGAAAAAUUUCCUUUAUUCAUCCAAACUUAAUUCAUUCCCUUUAACUCUACUUCACCUCCUUUUUCUUUACACAGUGGGAUUCACUAUUAUCACACGCAGAUCAGUAGAUCAGCAGAAGGUCACAAGGUCAAAAGGUGGAGCUAAACUGUAAAUAGCGCAGCAGGCUGUUAAACUGUAAUAACAUUUUAAUGCUGUAAUAAUGUUUAGUUCCCCAGAAAUAAACGAACUCUGUUAGUUCAUUCGGCGAUCAUGAAAAAAGCUGAAAUAGUGAAAGCACUCAAUUAUUUAUUUAUUUAAUCCAGAGCGUCCAUGUUACAAGGUGACCAAAUCUGCUUCAUAAUCACAUUUGCUUGAAUAUUCAGACUGGGUGUUGUGGUAAUGGAGCAGGAGUUCGAGUAGUACAGGAGACAGGAAAGUUCGCUAGCAUGCAGUGGGUCUUGUUUAUCCAUCUUGUGUGUGAAUGUUUCCACAGGCCAAACCGAACGAAAAAUUCCCACCAGGUUUACUACAGUUAACGCUAGCAAUGCUUAGUAAACGUGUGCGUAUAGUCGUCGAUAAUCACUCGAAAAUUACUUAGCAUGUUCGAGCCACAGCUGGUUUACAUUAAGCCACGCCCACAAAACUGCCAGCACUUCCUAAGCACAGCACAUGUUAAAGCGUCAAAAAUAAUUAAAGGUGACUCCAAACAUGAAUAUACAGCAUACACCAAUCAGGCAUAACAUUAUGACCACCUGCCUAAUAUUUUGCUGGUCCCCCUUUUGCUGCCAAAACAGCCCUGACCCGUCAAGGCCUGGACUCAAGUACUUAAAGGAUUCUUUUGAUAGAUACUGACCACUGAACACCUCACAAGAGCUGCAGUUUUGGAGAUGCUCUGAUCCAGUCGUCUAGCCAUCACGAUUUGCCCGUUGACAAACUCGCUCAGAUCCUUACGCUUGCUUCUAACACAUCAACUUUGAGAGCAAAAUGUUCACUUGCUGCCUAAUAUAUCCCACCCACUAACAGGUGCUAUGCUGAGGAGAUCAUCAGUGUUAUUCACUUCACCUGUCAGUGCUUAUAAUGUUAUGCCUGACCGGUGUAUCUACACCACUGAAGCUUAUUAUGACUCGCGUAAAACAGAUUAUAACAUACACCCAGCACUUUAGAUAUCUGUAUAUGUUUAAUACAGAAAUCUGUUCAGCUGGAGUGACGUUCCUGCACUGUAUGCGUCUCACAGCUCUAGGGUUCAUUCUUGACUCUAUUUUCUAUAAAAAUGGAUUUAUUGUAAAUGGGUUGGUGGCUCAUCCCAUGGUGUAUAUUCCUGCCUCUUUUAUGAAGUUCCCCAGCGGACCAAGAUAACAGAGGAAGGGCAGAACGUGUUACUCAAGCAGUCAAGCAGUAGCGUUACUCAGAGGGCGGGCAGUUUGCCGGACGGCCAGAGAGAUGAUAUGAUGAGUGGUGAAGGAAACGUGUGUACGUUAAAUGGAGGGAAAGGGGCGACUAGAAACAAAAACCUAGCAGAGAUUACUGUAUUUUUGAUCCUAUAGAAUUUAGAGAGUUGCCCAUAAAAGAAACAGUGAUAUCACUAAUUGCCUACUGGCUGCUCUACUGUAUGUGAAGUGUAUUUUAUUCAUUUUAUUUUAUUUUAUUUUAUUCAGACUUGGUAGUAAUUGUGUUGAUGCGUCUUACUAAUUGAAGUGUUUUAGAGAUAUUAACGAAGGCAUAUUGAGGGUUUCACGCUUAUGAUUAAUCCACUGUUUGAAUCCACUUUAUUGAUGUUUAUCCAUGCAUUUUCGUUGUGUGUGUGUGUGUUUCAGUUUGAGAUCUGCCCAAUGCUUUCGUCACAAAUCUCCGCGGUCGAUCAGAGCGCAGCUGCCGGCUUUAAAUGGUGUGCAGUCCUUAAUUCACCGUGCUGUCACUCAGCCGCUGAUUGUGUUCAGAUAUAAAGCUUAUUUUUAUACACAAAACACCCACAAGCCACAUUCCCUCUCUCUCUCACACACACACACAUAAGCCCUGCAGGAAAAAUACAGCCCUGGUCCCUACAUACCCAGGGUUUCCACGACUGGCUCUGAAUCCACCAGGAUAUGGAUGAAGUGAUUAUUGAAGAGGAAUGAAAUGGAUGUAGAGAUUUCCGAACUUAACCUGUAGCACAAGACUCGUGUAGGAAAAUGUUAAGCAUUUAACGAUUGAAAAGAAAAUGGAAAAUCAUGAUAUGGACUUUAUAUCAGUAUAUCAUCCAGCCCUAGUGUGAAGCUCAGCCACGCUCUAUACACACCAGACACCAUUUACCAGACACGCAUACAGACAGACAUGACAGCACUUUUAGCUAGUUCAUUGGUUAGUUGGUUAGAUGUAGUUACUCAGUUAUGUUUGUUUAACCAGGAUAAAAACUCAUUGAGAUUAAAUCUCUUUUUCAAGAGUGACCUGGACAAGAGGGCGGCAAGAGACAACAAAAAUGUGAUUGAGUGAGUGAGCGAGUUAAUGUAUGAGUGUGUGUUUGAGUAAGUUAAUAAGUCAGUGAGUGAGUGAAUGAGUGUCUGAGUUAAUGUAUGAGUGUGUGUUUGAGUAAGUUAAUAAGUCAGUGAGUGAGUGAAUGAGUGUCUGAGUUAAUGUAUGAGUGUGUGUUUGAGUAAGUUAAUAAGUCAGUGAGUGAGUGAAUGAGUGUCUGAGUUAAUGUAUGAGUGUGUGUUUGAGUAAGUUAAUAAGUCAGUGAGUGAGUGAAUGAGUGUCUGAGUUAAUGUAUGAGUGUGUGUUUGAGUAAGUUAAUAAGUCAGUGAGUGAGUGAAUGAGUGUCUGAGUUAAUGUAUGAGUGUGUGUUUGAGUAAGUUAAUAAGUCAGUGAGUGAGUGAAUGAGUGUCUGAGUUAAUGUAUGAGUGUGUGUUUGAGUAAGUUAAUAAGUCAGUGAGUGAGUGAAUGAGUGUCUGAGUUAAUGUAUGAGUGAUUUGAGUGAGUGAGUAAAUGAGUGAGAUAGUGAGAGUUCAUGAAAGUGUGUGUGUGGGUGAGUUCAUGAGUGCGUAAGUUAAUGAAUGAGUGAGUGUGUGAGUGACUUAAUGAAUGGGUAAGUGAGUGAAUGAGUGUGUGGGUGAAUGAGUGCGUUGGUGAGUUAAUAAGUGAGUAAGUGAUUGAAUAGGUGUGUGAGUUGAUGGGUGAGUUAAUGAGUGAGUGAGUGAUUGAGUGUGUAAGUGGAUGAAUGAGUGUGUGAGUUAGUGAGUGAGUGAUUUAGCGAAUGAGCGAGUGAGUGAGUAAAUGAGUGAAUGAGUGAGUGAGACAGUGAGAGAGUUCAUGAAUGGGUAAGUGAGUGAGUGAAUGAGCGUGGUGGUGAGUUAAUGAGUGUGUGAGUAAAUGAAUGAGUUAAUGAGUGUGAGUGAGUUAAUGAGUGUGUGAGUGAAUUAAUGAGUUAAUGAGUGUGUGAGUGAAUGAGUUAAUGAGUGUGUGAGUGAAUUAAUGAGUGUGGGAGUGAAUGAGUUAAUGAGUGUGUGAGAAUUAAUGAGUGUGUGAGUGAAUGAGUUAAUGAGUGUGUGAGUGAAUUAAUGAGUGUGGGAGUGAAUGAGUUAAUGAGUGUGUGAGAAUUAAUGAGUGUGGGAGUGAAUUAAUGAGUGUGGGAGUGAAUGAGUUAAUGAGUGUGUGAGAAUUAAUGAGUGUGUGAGUGAAUGAGUUAAUGAGUGUGUGAGUGAAUUAAUGAGUGUGGGAGUGAAUGAGUUAAUGAGUGUGUGAGAAUUAAUGAGUGUGUGAGUGAAUGAGUUAAUGAGUGUGUGAGUAAAUGAAUGAGUUAAUGAGUGUGAGUGAAUUAAUGAGUGUGAGUGAAUUAAUGAGUGUGUGAGUGUGUGAGAGUUAAUGAGUGUGUGAGAGUUAAUGAGUGUGUGAGUGAAUUAAUGAGUGUGGGAGUGAAUGAGUUAAUGAGUGUGUGAGAAUUAAUGAGUGUGUGAGUUAAUGAGUGUGUGAGUAAAUGAAUGAGUUAAUGAGUGUGUGAGUGAAUUAAUGAGUGUGUGAGUGAAUGAAUGAGUUAAUGAGUGUGAGUGAGUUAAUGAGUGUGUGAGUGAAUUAAUGAGUGUGUGAGUGAAUGAAUGAGUUAAUGAGUGUGUGAGUGAAUGAGUUAAUGAGUGUGUGAGUGAAUUAAUGAGUGUGUGAGUGAAUGAAUGAGUUAAUGAGUGUGUGAGUGAAUGAGUUAAUGAGUGUGGGAGUGAAUUAAUGAGUGUGGGAGUGAAUGAGUGUGUGAGUGAAUUAAUGAGUGUGGGAGUGAAUGAGUUAAUGAGUGUGUGAGAAUUAAUGAGUGUGUGAGUGAAUGAGUUAAUGAGUGUGUGAGUGAAUGAGUUAAUGAGUGUGUGAGUAAAUGAAUGAGUUAAUGAGUGUGUGAGUGAAUGAGUUAAUGAGUGUGUGAGUAAAUGAAUGAGUUAAUGAGUGUGAGUGAAUUAAUGAGUGUGUGAGUGAAUGAAUGAGUUAAUGAGUGUGUGAGAGUUAAUGAGUGUGUGAGUGAAUGAAUGAGUGUGUGAGUGAAAGAAUGAGUGUGAGUGAAUGAAUGUGUGUGAGUGACUGAACGAGUUAAUGAGUGAGUGAGUUAAUGAGUGUGUGAGUGAAAGAAUGAGUGUGUGAGUGAAUGAAUGAGUUAAUGAGUGUGUGAGUGAGUUAAUGAAUAUGUGAGUGAAAGAAUGAGUGUGUGAGUGAAUGAAUGAGUUAAUGAGUGUGAGUGAGUUAAUGAGUGUGUGAGUGAAUGAACUAGUUAAUGAGUGUGUGAGUGAAAGAAUGAGUGUGUGAGUGAAUGAGUUAAUGAGUGCGUGAGUGAGUUAAUGAGUGUGUGAGUGAGUGAGUUAAUGAGUGCGUGAGUGAGUUAUUGAAUGAGUGAGUGAGUUAAUGAGUUAAUGAGUGCGUGAGUGAGUUAUUGAAUGAGUGAGUGAGUUAAUGAGUGUGUGAGUGAAAGAAUGAGUGUGUGAGUGAAUGAAUGAGUUAAUGAGUGUGUGAGUGAGUUAUUGAAUGAGUGAGUGAGUUAAUGAGUGUGUGAGUGAAAGAAUGAGUGUGUGAGUGAAUGAAUGAGUUAAUGAGUGUGUGAGUGAGUUAUUGAAUGAGUGAGUGAGUUAAUGAGUGAAUGGGUGAGUAAGUGAACGAUCUCUAUAUCAGUUUUAAUCCAUUGUGCUGCUUUGAAAUAUUUCUGUGUAUUAAUAAUUGUGCCUGCUGAUCAUCAACAAACAUUUUGGUCUGGUCUUUCUGUGUGCAUACAUAGGUGUGUGUGUGUGUGUUGCUAUACUUUUAAACACUGACCAUGAAUAAACCGAUACCUACUGUUUAUUUUUCUACUUCUGUACACCGAGCAUGUGUUUUGUCGUGAUAUAAUUAAUUACUCAACCCUGAUCGUUUCAGUAUCAAGCUGAUGAUAGAUAUUAAAUUUAACUCUCCACCUGUCUGGUAUCUAAUGCCGUAUCAUUGCUGAUUUUAUGGCUUCUGCUGUAUAUAAGGUAUAAGGUAUAAGGUCCAGGUGAAAGUUGAGUUGUUUACAGUGCCAGCAGGUUUAGUCAUGAAAGAGGAUUUAGAUUUAAACUCUCCUGUAAUUUAUUAUAACACAGUUUAUCUAACACAGUGCAGGAUUAACGAAUCGGGGUUGGGCCAUUUGUAGGCAGAUCUGUGGAUAUGUAGGAAAAAAAUAAAUAUCAUUGAUCUGUGCAAACACUUUCAAACUUCUCUGCAUUAUUAUUAUUAUUGUUAUUAUUAUUAAUUAAAAAAAAAACAGCACUGUGAAGGAAAAACUGACCAACAAAUCUCUGAGCUCUGGGAAAGCACUGACCAUAAAACCCUUAGAGGUUUACUGGUGAGAGAAAAAACUCCAGCCUAAUAAUAAUAACAAUAAUAAUAAUAAAAAAAGACUACUACUAAUAACAGAACGUCAUUUGAAUCAUUUCUCAGUAGACAGGGGAUGUGCUUUUUAUAUAAUGAAGUACAAAUUCCAAGCAGUAUCCCGGCUCUACCACAUUUAUGGCAUUUGGCACAGCAAGUUACAUUUUUUUUUAUCUCAUUUUAUACAGCUGAGGGUUAAGGGCCUUUCUCAGGGGCCCAACGGUGGAUGUUUGGUGGACCUCAGAUUUGAGCUCACAACCUUCUGAGCAGUAGGCCAACACUUUAACCAUUAAUCUACCAGUACAGCUGCUGGUGUCUGGCUUCCACCCAGAAUAAAUGAGCAGAUUUUAAUUUUACAUUUCCCUGAAGUGAUUUUCUGGCCACGCCAAUGUAGUGUAUAUAUUAUCAGAAGCAUAAUAAAGCGAGUGUGUGUGUGAGUGUACAGCCUCAUAAUAGCCCAAGAUGUAAUCCUGAAUUCCGUCUAGAUACACAAUAUAUUCUUUUUAUAUUGUUCAUUAUAUUGACAAACUUUAGUCACAUUCUACAGUAUUAGAUCUCUAACGCCGUAUCUAUACCAUCAACUAAUUAUAAAUAUGCAUCAAGACCUCUCAGUGUGACAUUUGGAUGUAUGCAUGAAUGACGAAUCAGCAUUUUUGUUGCUGUUGCUGUGCUACAUGAGCCUCAUGUAAGUCAUCACCACUGGUGGAUUUUUGCCUUAUUUUAAAAAAAAAUUAAGAAUGAUCAGAUACAGUAGAAAGGCCUUAUUGUGUAGAUCAUUAUCUGUACUAUGAUAAUAUUCCUGAGUGUGUAUAUAAUAUCAUAGAAAAAAAAAAAUCCAGUGUAUAAUGUCCUGUACUGAUGGCUUUGAUUCUUCAGUGUGCUUCAGUGUCUAUUAAAAUGGC